CUACAUUGUAAAGACGAACCUUUAUUUUACAGUAUCUGUGGUGGGAGUCUGUAGGUUUUUUUUUUUUGGAAUCUGUGUGUUCUGAUAUGUCAUGCUAGGUUAUUUGUUAUAAACUAUUUGUUUUGAUGUCCGGUUUGAAUAAACUUUAGAUAUUCGUUACAUCAAUUAAAUUUUUUACUGAUAACAGCUGGAUUAUAUUUUGUUAGAAUGUCGGAAAGUAAACAAGAAAAUUCGGUCGUAACUGAUGGCGAACCUAAGAAACAAGAAGAAGAAUUUACAGAUUUGUCUGAAGAAGACAAGCUGAUACAGGAGGAAUUGAACAUGCUAGUGGAGAGAUUAGUUGAAGACAACGAGGAGCUGUACCUGCCGUCGCUGGAGAGCCUCCGCAGCCUGAUCCGGGCGUCCACCACCUCCAUGACGAGCGUGCCCAAGCCGCUCAAGUUCAUGCGCCCGCACUACGCCACCAUGAAGACGGUCUACGAGAAGAUCAAGGAGCCCCGUACCAAGGAGUUCUGUGCGGACGUCAUCUCCGUGCUGGCCAUGACCAUGAGCGACGAGCGGGACUGCCUCAAGUACCGGCUGCUGGGGUCGCAGUGCGAGAUAGGUGACUGGGGUCACGAGUACGUCAGGCAUCUGUCGGGCGAAAUAGCAGCGGAAUGGACAGAGCUGAUCUCCACAGAUUCACAAUUACAGUCCAAGUUGCUAGAUCUCGUGAGUAAGAUCGUUCCGUUCAACCUCGCCCACAAUGCCGAGGCAGAAGCGUGUGAUUUGGCCGUGGAGAUCGAUCACCUCGAGCUGCUCGAGCAGUUUGUGGACGAGAGCACUUACCCAAGAGUAUGUCUGUAUCUUACAAGUUGUGUGCCGUACGUGCCGGACCCGGAGAACAUCAUGCUGCUGCACGCGGCAAUGGCUAUCUUCAAGCGCUUCAAGCAGUUCCCUCAGGCGCUGCGCGUCGCCAUGCAGAUGAACUCCAUGCAGUUCAUCGAGGAGAUAUUCAAUUCCUGCGAGGACUUAUCUGUUCAGAAGCAGUUGGCAUUCAUGCUGGGGAGACAGCAGAUCUUCUUAGAGCUGAAAGAGAAUAUGCCGGAGUACGACGACCUGGUGGAGAUUAUGUCGAAUGCACACUUGAAUAACCAUUUCCUCAACUUGGCUCGUGAGCUGGACAUAAUGGAGCCAAAGACACCGGAAGACGUGUACAAGUCACACCUGGACAAUGCGCGGCCAGCAUUUGGGGGCGGGCAGGUGGACUCUGCACGGCAAAACCUCGCUGCCAGCUUCGUCAACGGCUUCGUGAACGCCGCCUUCGGCCAGGACAAGCUGCUCAUGGAGGACGGCAACAAGUGGAUGUACAAGAACAAGGAACAUGGUAUGCUGAGUGCGGCUGCCUCCUUAGGUCUGGUUCUGCUGUGGGAUGUCGACGGUGGUUUGACUCCGAUUGACAAGUACUUGUACUCAUCAGAAGAUUAUAUAAAAUCUGGAGCCCUGCUGGCAUGCGGCAUUGUUAACUGUGGUGUGCGCAACGAGUGUGACCCUGCGCUUGCGUUGUUGUCCGACUAUGUGCUGCACACGAGCAACGUUAUGCGCAUCGGCGCAAUACUAGGCCUGGGGCUGGCGUACGCGGGCUCGAACCGCGAGGCGGUGCUCAGCCUGCUGACGCCUGUGUUCAGCGACCCCAAGUCCAGCAUGGAGGUUGUGGGUGUCGCGGGGCUGGCCUGCGGCAUGAUCGCCGUCGGCUCCUGCAACCCCGAGGUCACCGGAACCAUCGUGCAGACGCUCAUGGAGAAGUCUGAAGCCGACCUGCGCGACACUUACGCGAGGUUCCUGCCCCUCGGUCUGGGCCUCUGCUACCUGGGCCGUCAGGAUGCCGUGGAAACCAUAAUCGCGGCCUUAGAAGUAAUUCCAGAGCCAUUUAAGUCGAUGUCGUCGACACUGGUAGAUGUGUGUGCGUAUGCUGGGACUGGGGAUGUAUUGAAGAUCCAACAGCUUCUCCAUAUCUGCAGCGAGCACUACGAGACCUCGGAAAAGGAGGAUAAGAAGGAAGACCGGAAGGAAAAGAAGGACAAGGAGGAUAAGAAAGAGGACAAAAAGGAUGACAAAAAGGAUGACAAAAAGGAAGAGAAGAAGGAUGACAAGAAAGAAGAAAAGGACCUGUCUUCCAAGCAGGCAGUGGCAGUUCUGGGCAUUGCCCUCAUCGCCAUGGGAGAAGAAAUAGGCUCAGAGAUGGCCUUCAGGACAUUUGGUCACUUGUUGCGGUAUUGUGAACCUGUCAUCAGACGUGCCGUGCCAUUGGCUCUUGGCCUCAUCUCGGUGUCCAACCCCAAACUCAACAUCCUGGACACGCUCAGCAAGUUCUCGCAUGACAGCGAUGCUGAAGUGGCCCACAAUGCUAUCUUCGCAAUGGGGCUCGUCGGUGCGGGAACCAAUAAUGCGAGGCUGGCGGCCAUGCUGCGGCAGUUGGCCCAGUACCACGCCAAGGACCCCAACAACCUGUUCAUGGUGCGCAUCGCUCAGGGGCUGACGCAUCUGGGGAAAGGCACGCUCACGCUCUGCCCCUACCAUAGUGACCGUCAGCUUCUCAGCCCCGUCGCGCUCGCUGGCCUGCUGGCCACCCUCGUCUCCUUCCUCGACGUCAAGAACAUUAUCCUAGGCAAGUCCCACUACCUGCUGUUCACACUUGCGGCGGCCAUGCAGGCUCGUAUGCUGGUCACGUUCGACGAGGAGCUGAACCCACUUCCCGUGCCCGUGAGGGUCGGCCUGGCACUUGACGUUGUCGGCCAAGCAGGCAAGCCCAAGACAAUCACAGGGUUCCAAACUCACACCACGCCAGUUCUCCUAGCGUUCGGGGAGAGGGCAGAGCUGGCAACUGAAGAGUACGUGCCGCUCACGCCCAUCAUGGAGGGUUUCGUCAUCCUCAGCAAAAACCCUGACUAUCAAUAAACUCUCUGUGCUUGUGUUUUGUGAAUGUGAACAAUAUGUGAUGUUUCGUACCAUUACAUUCUCUUCGUCUUAGUUUUCA